AUGCCUCUCCCAGAAGACCCAACAGUUGCAGAUGUUGGCAAAAAGCUUGCUGAGACGCUACGGUCGCUUUCUGGACCUCGUCCAGGCAUUCGCCCGGGCCAUGCAAAAGGAAUUCUCCUCAAAGGUGUUUUUAUACCCUCGCCGCAAGCAAAGGCGCUCUCAAAGGCGCAACACUUUAAUGAGUCUUCAACUCCUGUGAUUGCCCGUUUUUCUUCGUCGACAGGAAAUCCCAAUAUCCCAGACUCGGACCCACGCAGUAAUCCUCGUGGUCUCGCCAUUCGCUUUCUACUAGCCGAGACGCCACGCCGUCUACAUACUGAUAUUAUUGCUCAUAGUAUAGAUGGUACCCCUGGCAGUAAUGGCGAGGAGGCGCUUGAAUUCUUCACUGCCUUGAAAAAUGGCACCAUCACCGAGUAUAUCAAGGACCAUCCCAAAGCGGCCCAUUUUAUACAGCUACCAAGACCAUUUCCAGCAAGUUUUGCACACCAGAGGCAUUUUGCAGUCAAUACUUUCAAGUUCGUUGCCGCCUCUGAGAAGGAAACAUUUGUUCGAUACCGAAUUGAGCCUGUGUUAGGCGUGCAAGAACUGAGUGCCGAGGAGGCAGCUGCCAAAGGACCCAGCUACCUCUACGAUGGGAUCGUAGAAUUGCUUGGCAAAGGGCCAGUUCAGUUUAAGCUGACAGUCCAAAUAGCGGAGGAAGGAGACGUAACAUGUGAUCCCUUGGUCAAAUGGCCAGAGACAAGGAAGGUGAUGGAGCUGGGAACCAUCAGUCUGGUAGACGUAUUGAAUGACAAUACGGCACAGCAGAAGUAUAUCAUUUUCGAUCCUAUCCCGAGAGUAGAUGGUGUUGAAAUAUCUGAUGACCAACUUCUCCAGUACAGAGCGGCAGCAUAUCUAAUUAGCGGGCUAGAACACAGAAAUGCAUAG